CCCAUAGCCCUGAUAUGCCCAUUACAUGCAGGAGGAAAGGCAGUCAGACAGAGGCACACACCACAGGAAUGGGGAAUAAAGAGUUUCACUAACGAAUCUGCGGUCGCCACAUCUUGAUUUACUUAGAAGAAAAACCAUCAUGGCGGCGCCCUGCACGGAAAACAAUCACAAGCAAGGCAAAUUGGAAUUUGUACUAGACGUCCCGUUCCCAUCAAGUCGCGAGGCGUCCAUCGCGCUCCAGUCCCUCUCCCCAGACCGUGAGCCCCGGAAAGGAGGCAUCAGCAAGGAGCUCACGGUGUCCGGCUGCACGCUGUCUGUAAGGUGGAGAGCCGAUGAGGCCCGUAUUCUGCGUGUCUCUGUGGGGUCGUUUAUGGACCACCUCUCCCUUGUGAUGGAGACCAUGGAGGCCUUUGGACCCCCGGUCUCUGUGACCACACAAACGCACACCGUCAGCUCUACGAUGACAUGAUGACCAGAGGGAAAGAGAAACCCAGGAUGAGCUGUAAUGAUCCCCAGUACAGAGGGACCUCCGUGUCCCAAUUUCCAUCAUUCUAUUUAAAUAAGGGAACUGGAACAAAAAACAACAGAAGUACAAGUGCUAUUUAUUUAGACACAUGGGAAUUGCCUCAUUUCAGUGACAUAUGGAUAGACAAAUCUAAACAAAGAAAUAGUCUAUGUAUUCAUUUGGUUGUAUUGUGGAAUAAA